AUUGAAUGUGGGUUUUUGAUUACUCUCUUAUUUGUGUACCCUUUGUUCUUGUUUUGGGAUUCUGAUUUGAAUGGUAUAGAUUUGGGUAUCCUCCUUUAAUGCUGAUAUUGCUGUUUGUCUGCAUUUUAAUAGAUUAUCUUUACCCUCAUUACAGUCUUGUUUUGGGGGUGGGGUACUGCUUUCUCGAUUUGUGUGAUUUGGGGCUGGUUAGAUAACUAAAAAUCAAUUUCUUAUGCAAUAACCAGAUGGUGAUGAAAAAUAACGGAUUAAACUAGGCGAAAAUAAUCCAAAAACCAUACAGGUCCUUGAUGAUGAGCCAGUGUGGAAAUCAUCCCGCAAAGAUAAUUGGUGUUAGUAAAGUAUUUUUCAGUUCAGGGUUUAGGAGAUCCUGUAUUACUGGUCCAUGCAGUUGGGAAUGCACGGAAAUCUUGUGGCAGUAGUCUAAUGUUCUAUUGGAGUGUAGUCUUGGGGUUGUUCUAGGUUAGCAAUGGAAAGUAAAGUAGUAGAUGAAAAUGAGGAAGGCCCGGUUGUUCCCAUGCGAGUUGAUAGAUUUGGUUUUGUAAAGCAGGAACAUGGUCCUACUGAAGGUUUAGCAAGGAGCCGGUCGGCCUUUGAAUAUCAGAGAGAUGAAAGAAGGAUUAGGAAAUGGAGAAAAAUGAUAGGUGUUGGAGGAAGUGAUUGGAAGCAGUAUGUUCGGAGGAAACCACAUGUUGUUAAAAGACGAAUACGGAAAGGAAUUCCUGAUUGCCUGAGGGGGCUUGUCUGGCAGCUAAUUUCUGGAAGUCGAGACCUCUUGUUGUUAAAUCCUGGAGUUUAUGAGCAACUAGUCAUAUAUGAGACAUCAGCUUCCGAGUUGGAUAUUAUUCGAGAUAUUUCUCGCACCUUUCCUUCACAUGUUUUCUUUCAGCAGAGACACGGACCUGGUCAAAGGUCUCUUUACAAUGUUCUGAAAGCAUAUUCUGUCUUUGACCGAGAUGUUGGAUACGUACAGGGCAUGGGAUUCGUGGCAGGUCUGCUUCUUCUUUACAUGAGUGAAGAAGAUGCAUUUUGGUUACUAGUUGCAUUGUUGAAGGGAGCCGUUCACACUCCUAUGGAAGGAAUGUACUUGGUAGGAUUGCCUCUAGUCCAGCAAUACCUCUUUCAGUUUGAUCAUUUGGUGAAAGAGCACAUGCCGAAGUUGGGUGAACAUUUUGCUCAGGAAAUGAUAAAUCCCAGCAUGUAUGCCAGUCAGUGGUUCAUAACAGUUUUCUCGUACUCUUUUCCAUUUCACUUGGCUCUCAGAAUUUGGGAUGUCUUUCUUUUUGAGGGUGUUAAAGUAGUCUUCAAAGUUGGCUUGGCUCUAUUGAAAUAUUGCCACGAUGAUCUGGUAAAGUUGCCAUUUGAGAAACUCAUACAUGCUUUGCGCAACUUCCCUGAGGAUGCCAUGAAUCCAGAUAUACUUUUACCAAUGGCUUUUUCAAUCAAGGUUUCCAAGAAUUUGGUGGAACUGAAGCAGGAAUAUGAACAGCAACGGCUGAAACCUCCUGAAUCCCCAGUCAAACAGUAAGAUGUACCAAAUGCAAAAUACCUCUGGAGAAACAAUCAACCAGCUUUUGUGCAUAAAUUUGGAUUCUUUAGUUCUCUGUUUAAAAAAAGUCUCAGCUGAUGUACAUAAUCACAUUGAUCAGAUUUACGCAGGCCAUACAGUUUUUAGUACAAAAUAGUCUAUUAUUUGAAGGAGAAGGCGCCUCAGUCUUUGCCAUGAGGGUCAAUUGUACAAGUCUAACUAGUCUUCUUAUGUUAAAAAAUGUUAUGUCCA